UAUGAGGGAACGUUAUCCCCAUAUUUAUUUGAGUGAAGAGAAAUUACACCUUGAUCCUACACAAAUACGAGUAUCUCGUCAACAUUUUGUUGAUGCAUUAAGAGUUAUUUUACCAGCUUCGAGAAGAGAUGGUACAUUAAUAAGUAUGACUCGUUCUAAUAAAGCGAGUUUGCUUACUUUGAUUAUGCCCACAAUUAAUGAGCUAAUGACCUCUAAAAUCCCAGUUGGUUAUCAACGGAGAAAUGAUGAUGAACUUACUACUUACAAGAAUGGAAAUAAUAAUUUAUCGAGAGACCAGCAGUUGGAACAAAUUCUAUUAGCAAUAAAAGCACGAUCUUCAGUACCUGCCGCUAGGUUACUGCUUCACGGCUCUAAUAACAGUGGACAAGGCACUCUUUUUUUCUCAGCUCUUCUUUCUCGACUUGAUCAUUUACCAAUAUUUUUACUUAAUUGUGAGCAGUUAUUUUCUGGAGGCAUUGCUGGAACUCCCGAGGAACAAAUUCAACAGACUUGUAGGAGAGCGCGUCUUUCAACUGGUCAAGGAACGCCUGUUGUUUUGGCUAUGCCUGAUUUGGAUGUUUUAGAGGAGAUAUUGCCUAGACCAAGUUGGAAAAUGUUAAUCUCUUCAUUAUCCGCUUUUACGGGAUUUAAUUCGGCUCUUUUACUUGCAGCAGUUCAAAAAGAAUAUGAGUACCUCUCUGAUGAUAUAAAACAACUUUUUAGAUCUCGUCAUGCUUUUCCUAUUUUAUUGCCCAAUUACAGUGCAAUUCAAAAUUUCUUCGAUGCAAUUGUUAAACAAGCUACUGAACAUCCCUUCCGUUUUAAAUCCAGAGAUUGUCCAGAGCCGCCGAAGGCCCAACAUGUAGAUCCUUCUCAACAGCCACCUAUAAGACGUGUUACUAAAGCUGAGUUUAAAGAAUUAAAUAAAAUCUAUUCUCAAAUGUUGCGAGAAUUUCGUAUAUUUCUCCGGGAUUUGUUGCGUCAGUUAAUUCGUGAUCAACGUUUUAAGUGCUUCCAUCUUCCUGUUGACAAAUCUGACGUUCCAGAUUAUUAUGAUAUUAUCAAGGAGCCUAUGAGUUUAAGUCAAAUGAUGCUUAAUAUUGAUAUGCUUAAAUACGAUUCACCUGAACCGUUUAUGCAUGACUUACGUCUUAUUCGUGAUAAUGCAAUCGAAUAUAAUCCCGACCAUGAGAUGGAGGAUUUACAAAUCAAGCAUACUGGUCGAUGGUUAGUAGAAAUGGCAGAGGCAUUAUUUGAGAUGGAGCUGAACGACGAUUUCAAGGAGAAAUUAGAGGAUGCUCGUAAUCUUAUCGAAGAAGCUGCGCACAGUUUAGACCAACAAAAUAAAGAUCAACAAGAGAAAGUCAGCAACACCAAUGAAGAUAUUGCCCAACCUCUUCUUCCAUCGGUCACUUCAACACCCCCAAAAAACAGCGAUAAUAAUUUGGAGGAAUCAUUACAGAAUGGCCAUGCUUCCGUUGAGAUUCCUGCGAAGAGGUCUAAAAGAGAACGUUCUUCGAAAAAAUCAUCCGUUGAUAAUAGUGAGGCUUCGUCCUCUAAAACUAUAAAUUCAGCAGAGGCUUUAGAAGUAGAAGAGAAGGAAUGUUCAUCUCCGUCUUCCUCUAAUUCCAAUCAUUCAACUAAUGGAUUUAUUAAUGGAUUCAUUAAAUCCUCAUUAAAUAUUAAUGGUGACUUAGAAAAUGGUAGAGAUAAUGCUGUUGAAAUAGAGCAAGAUUUUAUAUUAGAUCUGCAUAGUUUAAAAACUGUUGUAGAAAAGGCAGUAGUUAAAUCAAGUACAGAGGCAUGGCAUGUACCUGCAAUUGAAAGUCUUGGUGCUGAAUUGGAUCAGAUUAUUGGUGAAUUUAGAAAUGAAUGGAAUCGUUCCCAGCUUCCACAGCGACUGUUAGCAUGUAUUGAGAGCUUUCAAAUUUAA